UAAGGACAAGAAUGUCUACCGAGGAGGCAGAUGAAGACAAACAAGAUGAUUUAGAGCUUCCUUUCUUUGAUUUUGCUACAAUAGUUAAUGCUACCAAUAACUUUUCAAUUGAGAAUAAGCUUGGUGAAGGUGGUUUUGGGCCAGUAUAUAAGGGUAUAUUUGUAGAUGGACAAGAAAUUGCAAUCAAAAGGCUUUCACAAAGUUCAGGACAAGGAUUAAAAGAAUUUAGGAAUGAAGUUAUAUUGUGUGCCAAACUUCAACAUCGAAAUCUCGUUAAGGUUUUGGGUUAUUGCAUUAAAGGAAAGGAGAAAAUGUUACUUUAUGAAUACAUGCCUAACAAAAGUCUUGAUUUAUUUCUUUUUGAGUCAACUCAAAGUAAAUGUUUAGAUUGGCCGGUGCGUUUUAACAUUUUGAAUGCAAUUGCUCGAGGGCUUCUUUAUCUUCAUCAGGAUUCUAGAUUGAGGAUCAUACACAGAGAUCUAAAAGCAAGUAAUAUUUUAUUAGACAAUGAUAUGAAUCCAAAAAUUUCAGAUUUUGGUCUUGCUAGAAUGUGUGGAAGUGAUCAAGUUGAAGGAAGUACAAGUAUCAUAGUUGGGACACAUGGCUACAUGGCACCUGAAUAUGCCAUUGAUGGAUUAUUUUCUACAAAAUCGGAUGUGUUCAGCUUUGGAGUACUAUUGCUAGAAAUUAUUAGUGGAAAGAAAAACAAAGCAUUUACCUACCUUGAUAACAACCAUAAUCUUAUUGAUCAUGCAUGGACAUUAUGGGAAAAUGGCACUCCAGAGAAAUUAAUUGAUGCUUGUUUGGAAAACUCUUGCAAUAUAUUUGAAGUUGUACGAUGCAUUCAAAUUAUUCUUCUAUGUCUACAACAUCACCCAAAUGAUAGGCCGAAUAUGACAUCAGUUGUUGUUAUGUUGACUAGUGAAAAUGCUUUGCCUUCACCUAAGGAACCUGGUUUCUUGAUUAGAAGGGUCUCAGAUGAAGAAGGAGAAUCAUCUUCUAAUAAACACACAUCUUAUUCAAUCAAUGAAGUAACUGUAUCAAUUUUAAAUGCUAGAUAA